GUGGGAGGGGGCUCGGGUUCCGUCGGCGGAGAUCCAGGCACAGCAUGAGAAUGGCCCCUGCGUGGGGAAGAGCGCUCUCUGUCUUUUGUUCAUAACCUUCUCCUCCCUUCGCAGCCUUCGCCCACCUCCAUCAUGGACCUCGCCGGCAACGGCUCCAGCUUCCAGUCGGAUCUGGAUUUCUGUCCGGAUUGCGGCUCAGUCCUGCCUCUGCCAGGCACCCAGGAUGCAGUCACCUGUACCCGCUGCGGCUUCUCCAUCCACGUGCGAGACUUGGAGGGGAAGGUGGUGAGGACCGCAGUCGUGUUCCACAAGCUGGGCACAGCCACACCCGUGUCGAUGGAGGCCAGCCCCGAGCUCCAGGGGCCCGUGGUGGACAGGCGCUGCGCCCGCUGCGGUCACGAGGGGAUGGCUUACCGCACCCGGCAGAUGCGCUCCGCCGACGAGGGCCAGACCGUCUUCUACACCUGCACCCGCUGCAAGUUCCAGGAGAAGGAAGACUCUUGAUUUUCCUUUUUUUUCCUGGGCGACUCAACAAUCCCUCCCCCCUCCUCUUCCUUGGGAGGUGAAGGAUAUUGGUUCCUAGAUCCUUGUCCAUCCCCUGGUUGCAGUUUUGCUCCCUGAGAGGCACAUCACCAGGUGGGGAGCACUGUUGUCCCCAGGUUGCUCCUAUUCCUAGUUGAGUUUUCCUAUUAAAGCUAUGUUUUUCAAUAAGA